AUGUCUCAGAUUUCUCCUUCAAAGAAGACGACUUCCCGCUCUGAAACAGUAUCCGAUUCUAGGGCACCAAAUAUGGUGAGUGAUCAGGAUGUUAUGAUGGAUGUUGUGCCCUUGAACACGGUUCCGGCUACUGAUCCUGUUAGUAGUAUACCAAGAAAGAUGCAUGCACGAAAAUCGACUGGUGGGUCCGUUCCAGAAACUUUUUCUGCUAGGGAUAAAGAGGGUUCUGCAUAUGUCCACAAUGCGAUCGCAGGUCUUGUCACGAGAAUCUUGAAUGAAGGUCACAAGGUAGAAGGAAUAUCUGUUCCUUUAGCCCAAGCUUCUGCUCCUGAGAACAGCAAAGACGAUCAUGUUGAUGCUAGCAAAGAUCAUGUUGAUGUUGAGACAUCUGAAGCUAACAAUGUUGAGACUUCUGAUGCUAAAAAUGUUGAAACAUCUGGAGCUAAAGAUGCUGAGAUUCUUGAAACAGAGAAAGCUGAAGAGGUCACUGCUACUUCUCCUAAAGAGAAGCUUACUCGCCCUAUUGACAGUGUAAAUGAUGUGGUGGAUCUGGAUAAUCUAGAUGAUCCUAUUGACAUUGCUGAUGAUGACCUCAUCUCUAGCAUUUCUAACAGAGUCAAGGCUCGAAGGGGACAGCAGGUUGAUGAUCAACAUCUUCCCAAGACUAAAGUUGCUCCUCUAAAGAAUGCCACCAAAGAAAAGAUCAAGAAGGUCCCUGCUGAAUCUUCAAGAACUGGGAGCAAGGUUGCUGUGAAGAAGAGGAAAGAAAGAAGUGUUUCUGACUCAGAGGACAAUGUCCUAAGUGAUGUCCUUGACAUCCAUUCAAAGAAGAAGAUUGUUGUCAUCAAAUCCUCCAUAGAGGUUCGUGAUGUUCCCUUGGACAACAUUUAUUUGCACUAUGUUUCAAAUGUUAUCCAGUGGAAGUUUGUUUAUCAGAGAAGACUGGCUCUGGAAAGAGAGCUUGCAAAUGAUGCUCUGGAAUGUCAAGAGGUCAUGAAGCUCAUCAAAUCUGCAGGUUUGCUUAAAACUGUUACUCAUUUUUCUAAAUGCUAUGAAAUGCUCGUGAAGGAGUUUAUAGUAAAUUUGUCUCAAGAUUGUGCUGAUGGGAAAGCUGAGGAUUUUCAUAAGGUGUAUGUUAGAAGAAAAUGUAUAGAUUUCUCCCCAACUGUUGUCAACCUCUAUCUAGGUAGGGAUGAUGAGGCUCAACCUGAGCUUGAAGUGACUGACAAUGAGAGUAAAUUGUCUGCUAGUCUUCUUAAUGUCAGGUAUGCUUUGCUGCACAAAAUUGGUGCUGCUAACUGGGUGCCUACCAAUUACACUUCUACCAUUACUGUUGGCCUAGGUAGAUUCUUAUAUGCUGUGGGAACCAAGACAAAGUUUAAUUAUGGAACUUACGUAUUUGAUCAAACUAUGAGGCAUGUUGGUACCUCUGCUACCAAGCUACCCAUUGCUUUUCCAUCCCUGAUAUGUGGGAUAAUCCUCAAGCAAUACCCUGGAAUUCUGAAAGCUAAAGACUUUGUGUGUAAGAGGGAGAGUGCUUUGUCCUUCCACUAUAAGCUGCUCCAAAGGUCAGAUGACAUAACAUCUGCUGGGACAUCACAAACCAGCAAAUCUGUGAACAAAUCCUCUCUUAUUGCUGAGCUGAAAGAGACUUGUAAAGAGUUGGACAAUAGGAAGAUGAAGCUUGAAAAGCUCAUUCAAAGACUUGAGCAGUCUGCAGAUGAUGAUCAUGCUGGUGGAAGUGAUGGUGAAACUAAUGAUGAAGAAAAUGGUGUUGAUAGUGGUGAUGAUGAAGAGGCUGAGGAUAGUGAGGGUGCUGAAGAGACUGGGAGUAGUGAUGCUGGUGAAGAGACUAGUGGCUCUAGUGAUGAAGAGACUGGUGGAUCUGACAAUUAG